UCCAGAGUCACGGCCACCCUGAGGGUGACAGAUGUGAAACGCUCCCGCUCUCGGGAGCUGCUCCCUCUUCCAGCCCCCGAGCAACAAACAGUCGAGUAAGUUUUCUCUCGGCUCGCCAGGGCUGAUGGCUUCUCUCCACCCUCCGAGCUCUGCAGGCACGUGAGGGUGGGAUAACUUAGCACCGCUCUCUGCUCACCCAGCCCAGAAGGACGCGAAGGGGUCCUGCGCACUCCAGAUCUGCUCCUGCCGUGCUGGGCGGCAGUGCCUACAGAGCUCGGGCAGUCGUUCUGCGUCUGCCGGACCCGGAGGCAGGAGCUGCCGUGCACCUGUCUGGGAGGGAGUGAACGUGAGAGAUCCUGGUGCAUCCCAGGACUGCUCACAGCUCUCAUUCCCAGCAAACUUGGCUGGGAUGACGACUGAAAAGUGUCUGCUCAGUCUGCAGCGCACUGGAAAGCCCUAUUUGAUCAGUUUGAUCCUGACAACACUGGCUACAUCAGCACCGAGAAGUUCCGCUCGCUCCUCCAGAGGCACGGCUCGGAGCUGGACCCCCACAAGCUGGAGGUGCUGCUGGCCCUGGCAGACAGCAACUCCGAGGGGAGGAUCUGCUACCAGGACUUCGUCAACCUGAUGAGCAACAAGAGGUCCAACAGUUUCCGCCAGGCCAUCCUGCAGGGGAACAGGAGGCUGUGCAGCAAGGCCCUGCUGGAGGAGACGGGGCUGAGCCUCUCGCAGAGGCUGAUCCGGCACGUGGCCUACGAGACCCUCCCGCGGGAGAUCGACCGCAAGUGGUACUACGACAGCUACACCUGCUGCCCCCCGCCCUGGUUCAUGAUCACCAUCACCAUCGUGGAGGUUGCCUUUUUUCUUUACAAUGGAGUGGUCUUAGACAGAUUUGUGCUGCAAGUCAGCCACCCCUUGUACCUGAAGAAUGCAUUGCUGUACCAUCCCCAGCUUCGGGCCCAGGCUUGGAGGUACCUAACCUACAUAUUCAUGCAUGCAGGGAUAGAACACCUUGGGCUCAAUGUUGUCCUUCAGCUCUUGGUUGGGGUUCCUCUGGAAAUGGUGCACGGAGCUGCGAGGAUCAGUUUUGUGUACGUUGCAGGAGUUGUGGCAGGGUCUCUGGCAGUGUCAGUGGCUGACAUGAGGGCGCCGGUGGUGGGCUCCUCUGGAGGUGUGUAUGCUCUUGUCUCUGCUCACCUGGCCAAUAUUGUGAUGAACUGGUCAGGAAUGAAGUGCCAAUUCAAACUGCUGCGCAUGGCUGUUGCCUUGAUCUGUAUGAGCUUUGAAUUUGGAAGAGCCGUGUGGCUGCGAUUCCACCCCUCUGCUUACCCCCCCUGCCCCCACCCCAGCUUCAUGGCCCACCUGGGAGGGGUGAUGGUUGGAAUCACCCUUGGUGUUAUCAUCCUGAGGAACUAUGAGCAGAGACUCCAGGAUCAGACUUUAUGGUGGAUCUUCCUUUCUAUUUACGUCAUUUUUGUCUUGUUUGCCAUCUUCUGGAAUAUUUUUGCCUACAGUCUGUUGGAUCUAAAGCUACCUCCCCCUCCUUGAAAACAUGGGACAGAAAACUGGAGAGCAGAAGUCAUCUGUCAGCUGUGUUAAAUGAAUGAAGAUGGAGGAUCUAUUUUUGUAUUUAACUUGGGAGGAUGAUUCUUCUGAACACGAGUGUGCUGGAGGAGGUGCUUAAAGAUCUCAUGAAAGAAUGGGCUGAUCAGUUUGUUCACAAACCCAGCAGGUUCUGUAACUCUGGCUGGCCAUGCCCUGCAGUUUCUGCCCUGCACCUGGGCACUGACUGCUUGGGUUGUUAUCACACAUCAAUCUUUUCUAUGAGAUAUUUGUAUUUUCCAGGUCAGUGCUGGAAUUAUGGCCAAUUGUUCAGUGAAUUUCCUCUAUGUUACUGAACACUAAAAGGGAAAAAGAGCAGACAUUUACUAAUUAGAGACUCAAAUGGUACUCACAAGGCAGCUUGAGUCUGGUUUCUUUGGACACAUCUGACUGUUCAGCCAUACCAGUGCCACUGUCUAAUUACUUGAAUGGUUCCUAAGGUAUUUUAGCCUCUGCUGAAACUUGUCUUGCACAACUUUCAAAGGAAUCAGCAGAACUUGAUCACACAAAGUGAUGGAGACUGGUCUUCAACCACAGGUCAAAUGAAAUUGCACUAUAAACAUUGGGAAUCUUAGAGUGUUGUGGAUACCCAGCCAGAAGUGACUUUUCCUGUGCAUGUUUCACUUGAUUUUCAUUAAUUAUUCCCCCUUCCCCAGCCUGCUGUGGCUAGAGGGUGUGGCUGGAUUGUUGGGUUUUUUUGGUUUUUUAGGGGUUUUUUUGAGGGAUGAAGAAAAGGAGUGCAAAUGUUCAUUUGUGGUUUUAUCAGAUGACAAUCAGGUGCUGUUUUCUUCUCAUUAUUUUUCUGACCACACUGACCUAACACCUGUCCUGCAGUGAGCUCCUAGCAAGGAUCUCAACUCUUCCAGCAGGUUCUUACUAGAAAAAUGGGACCAUGAUCACCUCCAGCAGGCCAGGGUGGGAACUAUCCAGUCUUUACAGCCAUACAAUCCAUUUGGGGCCAAGUCCACUGAAGGCAGUGGAGUUAAAUCAGUUUGUAUGUAGCACUGGUUUCCCAAUGAAGUGGAGAGGGUGUUAUUUGCUACAGUGAUCAUUGUGAAAUGGAUAAAACUGGUUUUAAUAUGAUUUCUAAAAUGUUGAGGAUGCCUCCUCCUGAGGCAAUGGAUGUUCAGGAGCCCCAGACAAGAGUUAGCUGAGUGAUGCCUUUUUCUGUAAUGUUGGUCCAGCCCAGUUCAGGCAAUCUGUGGGUGGGCUGUGGCACAGUUCACACAGUUGCCUGCACAGACUUAGGGACCACAUGGGGACAUCUGAAGCACAAGCAGAGCUUAUAGGUACUCUUCUCUGUAAGGUGCUUAUUUUGUUUGUCACUUCAGAGAGCUGCCAAAUUACAGUCCAGGACUGUGGGUGCCCUCCUUUUCUCUGCCCUUUACCCACCUAUCCAAUGGUCUGGACAAAGCAGCCAUAAUAUCUCUCCAGACAAGCUCCUCUCUUCCUUUUUCCUAUUUCCUGCUGGUGCCCAGGCACAGCCACCAGAGUCUUUCAUGGGCACUGUUGCAGUUGUGUUUGCUCUGUAGAGAAAUGUCUCUGUGUUGUGGGCUUUAUUCUCCCAACUAUGCUCUCCAUGCUGCCAGAUGAUACCACAAGCUGGUAGGAGCCUGUCCUUCUAGAGGGGACACCCACAAGUGCUUAUCAGCUGCCCCCUUCUUUGCCUCUUAUGGAAAAAUAACUCUGGGCUGAGGGGUGAAGUCUUCUCCUACCAGAUGCACUCAUAAAACUUCUGUUGCCUCAGAAGGAGGGGAUAGAAAAUAACUGUAUUUGGAGCUUGGAAUAAGCCUUACCUGCGAAAGAAACAAUUUUGGGCACCUUUGUGCACAGAAAUGGGAUUUCUGAGGGCAAUUGCACUUUUCUUGUUCUGCAUGGCCAGUACAUUGCUCAUGGGCCCUCACUGAGGACCAAGAGGAAGGGAUAAGGGCCAGAGCUCUGAUCAUUUUGGAGAAGGGAUUGGUUCCCUGAGCCAUUUUACCUCUGCAGUUUGGGCCCAGAUCCCAGCAGGCACAAGGGUGGAUUGUUGCAGGUGCUGGCCCAGUGAGUGCUGUGGCUGUGGAUCCCCCUGGGAGCAGGCAGGAAGGAGAGUGGGAGCAAGGAGAGUUCUGACAUGGUUAUCAAGUAAGGAGGACAUUCCUUCCCUCACCUAUUGCUAAGCCUUUCUCAUUACAGAUGCCUUGAAAACAGGGGUGACCAGGAAUGGGAGUUCUCCUGAAAUCUUAGGAAAGCUUUUAAAAUGUUGGUAGAAAAUUUCAAUUGCAAAAAAGCCCAGAUUAUUUUGCCUAUAAUUUACCAGAGUGCAAUGUGCACCAAGUGACUUCUAUUUUUGGUUUCUCAGCUGAAAGCUACUUAUUGCCCAUGAGUUUCUUACCAGUAAAGGCUUCCAUGCCUUUCCUGCUGCCAGUGUGUGCUCUGAGGUGAAGCAGCAAGAUAAAAGUUCAAGAAUCACCAGUUUCUUGAACAGCUUGAUCAUGGCCAAAAUGUCUUUACUCAGCUCAGGAGUGGGAGGGAGCUGAACAGAGUAAUGCAGACAGCCUUCCUUGGUCCUUUUUCCAUAGAUGAGUGUAGUUUACAUGAACUGGUUGAAAACAGCUCUGAAUUUGAUCUUAUGACUUGCUCUUUUAAACUGUUGUUCAUCUUCCUGACUUCAUUCUGUGUCCCCAUACCCUGCCUGAGCAAGUUUACAAACAACCCUGGGAUCAGAAAGGCCAGACUUUAAGGCAGUGUUAGAUUUAUGGUAGGUGAAGGAAUGAAAUCCUCUUACAUUCCUGUUCAUUGAGCUGAAAUCUCCUCCCAUACAUGGAGCAGUUUGUGCACAGAGCCUGUUGUCUGCUAAGAAUCAAUCAUCCCAUGGAGCCAGAAGUAGCACAAAGUGCUUAAGCUUUUUUAAUUUUUUUUUUAAUCAUUAAAAUUACAGUGUGAAAACUUGCUAUGUUUUUACAGAGUAUCGUAAAUUCCAGUUAUGUGCUUUUCUAAGGCACCCAGGAGUGCCACAGUGCUGCAGCACCACAGAGCUAACAGCAACCAGGCUUUUCUGUUACCUCCAGAUGUCCUUGAAGCCGCUGGCUCCUGUUGGAGAUGUAAUAUUCUCCAUCCUGCUCAUUUGUGGUUCCAACCUGUCACAGUCAGCAGCAUGUUCCUGGAGGAGCAUCCACUGAGGGACUGGUUUCAGUGAUUUGUUGUGGUUUUAUUUCAGCUACUGCCAGGAUUUUCUAUCAGUGAGAUAAACCAUGAAUCUAUUGAAGCUUAUGACUGUGCAGUGCUGGAGCAGAAGACAAGGACUGUCACCAGUGUACAGGUUUGAGCAGAGCACCUCGGAGCAAGUUAUUUUAUGCUGUGCCCUUGAGCGAGGACACAACACCUGGGGGAGGAAAGGGAAGAAGCGGGGGUGGAUUUCCCGCGCGGUGAGUUCAUUGCAGCAGAGCUCGCUCGGUGAGGAUGAGGAGCGGAGCGGCGGGGGAGCAGCC